GCACCAUGGCCAGCGCCGGUUCCCGGGACAGUAACGGCGUUGUGCAGAUCUUCAAGGAGGACCGGUGCCCAUCCGGUAGGCUCGAGGACUGCCUCCUCAACUUCACCUGGCAGCCAGGUUUCCCAGAGCUGUUCAACUACACAGCUAAUGGCAGCUGGCUGGGGGACCCGGAGCCCAUGUCGCCAAUCAUCCUUAUCAUAGCAGCGAUGUACUCCGUAGUGUUUGUGGUCGGGCUGGUUGGAAACUGUCUGGUCAUGUUUGUCAUCAUCAGGUACACUAAGAUGAAUACAGCCACCAACAUCUACAUCUUUAAUCUGGCUGUAGGCGACGCCUUAGUGACCACCACAAUGCCUUUCCAGAGUACUGACUACCUGAUCAACUCCUGGCCCUUCGGAGAGGUGGUGUGUAAGGUGUUCAUCAGUAUAGACUACUACAACAUGUUCACCAGUAUCUUCACUCUGACCAUGAUGUCAGUGGAUCGAUAUGUCGCUGUGUGUCACCCGGUCAAGGCUCUGGACUUUAGAACUCCCGUGAAAGCGAAGAUCAUCAACGUUCUCAUCUGGGUUUCAUCCUCCGCUGCCGGCAUCCCUGCUCUAGUGCUGGGCAGCACACAGAACAACAACGGUACCACAGAGUGUGCCCUCCAGUUCCCUGACCCCUAUCUCUACUGGGACACAGUGAUGAAGAUCUGUGUGUUCAUCUUCGGCUUCGUGGCCCCCCUCCUCAUCGUCAGUGUGUGUUAUACCCUCAUGGUUCUGCGUCUGAAGAGCGUGCGGCUGCUCUCUGGCUCCCGGGAGAAGGACCGGAACCUGCGGCGGAUCACCCGGCUGGUUCUGGUGGUGGUAGCAGUGUUCAUAGUCUGCUGGACGCCUAUCCACAUCUUUAUCCUGGUUAAGAUGCUGGCGCCCCCCGGGGGCAUUAUCGAGACCACGCCCGUCAUGGCAGCCUACUUCUUCUGCGUUGCCCUGGGUUACACCAACAGCAGCCUCAACCCCAUUCUCUACGCCUUCCUGGAUGAGAACUUCAAACGCUGCUUCAGGGACUUCUGCUGCCCGGGGGGAGGGGGCAGGGGGGACAGCCACGGGGGAGUCGAGUGA